UGGGCCUUGGCCCCAGCGCGGCCCGGGGCGCGGCCACUCCCCCGGGCGGGAGGGGAGCGCGGGCGCCCCGGACAGAGUGGCCAGCCCCCCUGUCAGUCUUCCCCGGCCCCGGAGUGUAAGAGGAGAAGCGGGAAGGUGGGCCCCAGCCCGGGGAGGGCGUGCAGGAACUUCCUGCCCUGCGCUGGCUCCCCUGCACCAGGCCCGGAGGGAGGAGGCGGGAGGGAGGCGCGCGUCAAGGUCAGCCCGGACCGGGGGCGGCCUGCCGAGGGGCGGGAGACCCUCCGGGGGGCUGGGCUGCCUCCUCCGAGCGCUCGGCCAUAUUGGAGAGCCGCGGCAGAGCCAUCUUUGUCCCAGAAGUCCUCUCCCGAGUUCCAGGCGCGCCCCAGGGCCCGGGCCGGAGGCGCCCCGGCCGCCCACGCGCGCGCUCCAGCUUUCAGCCCGGACACCCCUCUUUCCGCUCGCGGGGGGCUGUGCGCCUCCGGACCGGCCUCAGCCCGGCUCUGGACACUGGUUCCCGCCGCUCGUGGCGGGGAGCAGGCCUGUGGGUCCAGCAGGACUUGUUGCAGGCGGAGAACUUGGGAGGCGCUGGAGAGGGGAGCCUCUCCGGGCAGCAUUUGGGGACCCCUUCCCCGCUCCCACCCCACGUCUAGGGGAAGCGCUUCAAUCUUGCAGGCGAGGCUCGCGGCCUCCCCACCCGGAGUCCACGCUGGAGAUCCUCCAGACCCUGGAGAAGAGCCACGUGGGGGGCUGGUUCCCCUGGGGUUUCCUGCCGGCCCCCGACGGCCUGGUCCUCUGGAGCGUGCCCGACGCGUGCGAGGACGUGGACCUGGACGUGCUGGUGGACGCGCUGAGGCCCGUGGGCACCUUCAGGAAGGUCGGCAAGGUGUUCCGGCGCGAGGGGGAGGGCGCCACGGUGGGCAUGCUGCAGGCCGGCGAGGACGUGGACUGCCGGCUCAUCCCGCGCGCCGUGCGCGUGGCGGGCGGCGUGUGGCGGGUCCUCGCCAAGCCCGCCACCCGGGAGGCGGAGUUCCGCGAGCGCCUGGCCCAGUUCCUGGCGGAGGAGGGCCGCACCCUGGACGACCUGGCCCGCCUCCUGGAGAAGGGCGCCCCGCCCCCGCCCCGGCGCCCCCCGAAGCCCCCGGAGCCGCCCCGAGCGCGGAGGGCGGGGAGGGUCCCGCGGAUGGCGCCGCCGCCGCCGCCCCGGCUGGUCGUGGGCACCUACGACAGCAGCAACGCCAGCGACAGCAGCGAGGGCAGCGAGUUCGAGGCCUCGGCCUCCCCGAAGCCGGGCGGGGCGGGCCGCGGGGGCCCCGCGCGCGGCAGGAGGGCGCGCAGGAUGCCGGUCAGCUACCUGGGCAGCAAGUUCCUGGGCAGCGACCUGGACAGCGAGGACGAUGAGGAGCUGGUGGCGGCCUUCCUCCGGCAAGGGGACCAGCCGCCCCCGGGCGCCCGGGCCCGCCGCCCCCGCGGAAACCCUCUGGUGCCCGGGUUCGAGGACGGCCCGGGGCGGCGGCCGGCCAGAGGGGACCGGUGGCGGGAGCUGAAGCGCAGAGUGCGGGGCUGGGCGCCCGGGUCCGGCCCUGCAGCGGGGGAGGCCCCACGGGCCUCCGUCAGGGUGGGGAGGGAUGAGGGGCCCUGCAGCGCCAGGCCGGGGGAGCCCGUGGGGAGCGCAGAGGGGGGGCCUGUGCCUGAGGCCCCCCCACGGCGGCGGCGAUGGAGGCCCAAGAUUAAGUGGGCCUCCUUCAGGCUGCGCAGGAGGGAGGAAGCGGCAUCCGGGGCUCAGGGGGCGGAGGCUGCAGGUGAUCAGAGGGCGGAGGCUGCAGGUGAUCAGGGGGCGGAGGCUGUGGGUGAUCAGAGGGUGGAGGUUGCAUCUGAUCAGAGGGCGGAGGCUGUGGGUGAUCAGGGGGCGGAGGCUGCAGGUGAUCAGGGGGCGGAGGCUGUGGGUGAUCAGAGGGUGGAGGUUGCAUCUGAUCAGAGGGCGGAGGCUGUGGGUGAUCAGGGGGCGGAGGCUGCGGGUGAUCAGAGGGUGGAGGUUGCAUCUGAUCAGAGGGCGGAGGCUCCGGGUGAUCAGAGGGCGGAGGCUGUGGGUGAUCAGGGGGCGGAGGCUGCGGGUGAUCAGAGGGCGGAGGCUGCGGGUGAUCAGAGGGCGGAGGCUGUGGGUGAUCAGGGGGCGGAGGCCCCAGUUGUCCAGGGAGCAGAGGCCGCAUCUGAUGGGGCCCAGGCCAGAGCUGGCCAGAGGGCAGAAGCUUCCGCUGAAGCCGCCGCCUUCGCUGCCCCAGGGGCCCCCGGGGCCCAGAAACAGGUCCAGACAGUGAGGUUCCAGACGCCGGGGCGCUUUGCGUGGUUUCGGAAGCGCCCGAGAGCCUUCUGGCACACGGCCCGGCUGCCACCCCUGCCCAAGGGCGCCUCCAGGGCCGGCGAGGCCGGGGGCCUCCGGGUGCUGAGGGCCGAGGCCGGAGCGGAAGCGGAGCCGGAGGAGCAAGAGGACCCGCUGUGAGGUGCUUGGAGCCAGAGCCCCUCCCGGCCCCUCAGGGCGCCCCUCCCCGCCCUGGGACGUGAAAAUGGAGGCGGAGCGCGGGCUACAGCACCCUCACAUCUCCACCCAACACCCCUGUUCUUUUCCUGUUAAAACGUUAUCUUUCAUGCAUUGAUUAAAACAA